UGACGUCAUUCUGCGCAGCGCAGCAUGUUGAAGUCGAAUACCUAAGGUCGUGCCACUCCGCUCAUCGUUAAAUGACCUGAUGCCGCGUUACUAAUUAACAUUCACGCGCCAAGUUGAUCGAGUUUAAGCGUGGUGCUACAAUAGCUCAUCUCAGGUGGCUUGAAAUGGCCUCUGUGAAUGCAGUGCAGCAACAUCUGAGCUUCUCCAGCAGUGGGGAGGAGGACAGCUUUGAUAAUAGUUUUGAUGAAUGGAGGCCCAGGAGUGUUCCAUUAAGAAGCCCCUCUGCAGCCUGUCGAACACCCCGGGUGCAGCGUCACCAUGGCAUAAGUAUCACUGUUUCUCCAUCCAUUCCCACUUCUCCUAUACCGUACGCUGCCUGGAAUAAACUCCGGCUAUGUGAUUCACCCAGUACGCCAAAGAGUUUGCUGUCAAAAUCAACCCUGCCCUGCUCUAGCACCAAGCCAUGCCGCAGUAAAAGGUUACUUCGUUUGUCCACUGCUUUUGACAAUGUACCCUCAGUGAACAUCAACCCUUUCACGCCAGAUACGGUGCGGAGGAACCGUGAGCACCACAAGAGGAAGAGCCAAAGGAGUGAUGAUGAGGAUGAUGCACACAGAUCUAAUGAAGCUCAGAGCUUAUCAGAAGAUGAAAAUUUUUAUCUUCCAUCAAAGAGGCCAGCAGUGCCAGCUCGCAUGCUGUCGCGUUAUGAGAGUGAGUUUUUAGAACUAGGCUGUAUCGGCGUGGGCGAGUUUGGUGCCGUGUAUCGAUGCAUAAAGAGGCUGGAUGGAUGCAUGUACGCAAUCAAGCGCUCACGCAGGCCAAUUGCGGGCUCCGCCAAUGAGCAGCUGGCCUUAAAGGAAGUAUAUGCCCAUGCUGUGCUGGGGCAUCACCCUCAUGUUGUCCGUUAUUAUUCUGCCUGGGCUGAGGAUGACCAUAUGAUUAUACAAAACGAGUACUGUGAUGGUGGCAGUCUUCACGAUGCUAUAACUGAAAAGGGAGAGCAGGCCGAGUUCUUCAGGGUGCCAGAGCUUCGAGAUCUUCUCCUACAGGUCUCCAUGGGACUCAAAUACAUCCACAGUUCAGGCCUGGUGCAUCUUGACAUCAAACCCAGUAAUAUUUUCAUUUGCCGUGGACCCAGCUCUAGUGCCGGUGGAGAGGGAGAAAGUGAGGACGAUGAUGAUGAAGGCCCCUCCUCAGGGGUUGUAUAUAAAAUAGGUGACUUGGGUCAUGUGACGUCUGUCUCAAGCCCUCAGGUAGAGGAAGGGGACAGCCGCUUUCUGGCCUAUGAGGUCUUGCGAGAGGACUUUACUCAUCUUCCUAAAGCAGAUAUUUUUGCACUAGGUCUAACAGUGUUGUUAGCUGCUGGAGCUUCACCACUUCCACAGAAUGGAGAUGACUGGCACAGCCUUAGGCAGGGUCAGCUACCUAGCCUGCCCCAGGAGUUAACUCCACCCUUUAAAGACCUUAUAAAGACGCUGUUAGAUCCUGAUCCUACUUUAAGGCCUUCUGCAUCUGCAUUGUGCCGGCACAAUGUACUGCGCACGGAGAGGACGGGAAAACUAGCUGCACAGCUUCGAAAGGAGCUCAACGUGGAAAAGUUCAGAACAGCCGUGCUGGAGAGGGAACUCCAGGAGGCCCGGUUGGCUGCUACCUCACCACGACAGUCAUCCCAACCAGGGUCUCUUCCAAAAGCUGGAAGGAAACUUGUAGGCCGGAGCACAGCUCGAUCUGUGAGCUUCGGUUUCCCUGGAUACUAGCACUGACUGAUUUUAGCACUAAAUUUGUCAUGUACUGCUUGUGCCAACAUUCGUGCAUUUCAGAUUACACAGUUUGUGUGUCACUGGUUAAACUGAAACUUCAGAUCCUAUUGUUGUCUGAAUGACAUCAAAAAUUGACACAAUGUAUUUGAUGCAACCUCUUUUAAGGUUGAUUGGCUGUUUGUUUGUUUACCAUGGCAAGUUUUUCAUGUCAAAUAGUGUUUUUAACUGUAAAUAAAGUUUUUAAAUGUU